UCGCCAUUAUUUUUUGGUUUUAAGAUCUUUUUUCUUCGUUAACUUUCACUCCGAUUAUUCGUUCUCAGGUUCAUCAAUCUCGUCAAUCCCGUAAACCAUGUCGGCUGCUGAAUCAGCUACUGCAAUUCAAAGGAACCAAGUUGAUCUCUUGGAUUUUAUUGAUUGGUCUGGAGUUGAAUGCCUUAACCAAAGCUCCAGUCACUCUUUGUCAAAUGCCCUCAAGCAAGGUUAUAGAGAAGAUGAAGGAUUGAACCUUGAGAGUGAUGCCGAUGAGCAACUUCUGAUUUAUAUCCCUUUCACUCGAGUCAUUAAACUACAUUCCAUAGUCGUCACGGGAUCCGAAGAGGAUGGUCCAAAGAUGGUGAAACUUUUUACUAACAGGGAACAUAUGGGGUUUAGUAACGUCAGUGACUUCCCUCCAAGUGACACUGCUAUUUUGUCACCUGAUAAUCUAAAGGGGAAACCAUUGGUCUUGAAGUAUGUCAAGUUUCAGAAUGUCCGUAGUUUGACAAUAUUUAUUGAAGACAAUCAGUCGGGUUCAGAGAUCACAAAGGUUCAGAAGAUUGCUUUAUAUGGAUCAACGGUGGAAACGACGGACAUGAAGGGGUUGAAGAAGAUCGAGGAUCAUAAUCAUUAACCCUGAAAGGCUCUGAAGGAAGAGCAGGAACAUGGAUUGAACCCUAAUGGCCUAGGAUACUAUAAACAUUGGUUUCCAUUUCUUCAUCUAGUUUUGGACUGAGUUACUUUGCUGAGAAAAAUACAACACCUGAAUUCUGAAGAGAAAUGUUAUAUUUAUGUGACAGCAUCAGCUUUUGACA